UGAGAGUCGUACUGCUUCGUUCCUUCGACACGUCACUGGCAUGCUCGGCUCUUGAAGCCUUUAGCUUUUGACGGAUUUUCUGCUCUUGUCAGUUGCGUUUGUAGUGUCCUGGAUGCUUGCAUAAAAAGACAAACUCACUUCAGUCGUUCUUUCUAUCGAGGUUUUUGACAGUGACCUCCGAGUGUGGAAGUGAUUUUGCGAAGUGGGUGAUUGCAUGUAAUUUAUCUCGCUGUCGUUGUUUUUUUAUAUUGUGCUUUGUGAUGAUGAAAUGGUCUAGCUAGUCGGCCCCGCCCCUGUGCUCGAGAUAGGAGUCGAGACCCUCACGAUGGCGAGGCAAUGGCUGUGGAUGUGUGUGUGGGUGGUCGCGCUCGUCGUCUCCGGCAGCGCCCACUCCAGGAGGCAGAACGACAACAAGAAGGGCCCCGAGGCUGUCCUGGUAGAGACCCUCCGUCAGGUGCUAGGGGUGCCUAAGUCGGAGGGGGGGCCCGGCUUCCACCACAAGACCCACCGGCCACCCAGGUACAUGGUGCACCUGUACCAGAGGAUCACGGACGGCCACAGCACCCUGCCACGUUCGGGCCAACAACCGUCAGGAGCUACACGCCCAAGUCAGCAGAUGACGGAAGCCAAGGAAGUCUGCUUGUUUACAACGUGUCUGCAUCCUCCGGCGAACACGUGAUGGGGGCGUGGCUUAACGUGCGAGGGGGUGGAGUCAAGGCUCGUAUCCCGCCCCGACCCCGCCCAACGAGGGUGCUCCUGUACCUCCUUCACGCCCCGCACUGGCAGCCUUCCACGCCCAUCAUCACGGCUAGGCUAUCCGG